AUGUCGUCCGCAAAAGCAUCUCAACCGUUUAAGCACAUCGGUGUCGUCGGAGCCGGAAGCAUGGGCUCGAUGAUGGUCUUUGCAUUUGCCGAAAUUGGCCUCGAUGUGUCAGUUUGGGACGUGGAAAAGGCAAAUGUCGAAAAAGUGAUGAAUAUGGAGAAAAAGGCCACAACGUCCAAGGGCAAAGUGGAGGGGUUCACCGAUCUGAAGAAAUUCACCAAAAGUCUCGAGGGCAAAAACGACAAUAACCGGAAACUGUUCAUGUUCUCCGUUACACACGGUCCUCCUGCAGACUCAGUUCUGGGAAUGUUGAAGGGUGAUUUGGAGAGAGGGGAUAUCAUUCUGGACGGCGGAAAUGAGUACUACCGCAGAACCGAGCGACGCCAGAAAGAAUGCAAGGCCAUGGGGGUCGAUUGGAUCGGCAUGGGCGUUUCUGGUGGCUAUCAGUCGGCACGCCACGGACCUAGUCUGUCGCCCGGUGGAGAUGCCAAAGCUAUCGCUCUCGUCAUGCCUUUCCUCGAGCAGUACGCGGCCAAAGUCCCCAGGGACGGCACACCAUGCGUGACCCGAAUCGGCCCAGGCGGCGCGGGACAUUUCGUCAAGAUGGUCCACAACGGCAUCGAGGGCGGCAUGCUCUCUUCUCUUGCUGAAGCGUGGUCUUAUAUGCACUAUGGCAUGGGCAUGGACUAUAGCCAAAUCGGAGACGUCUUCGCGCAAUGGAACGAGUCAGGCGAGCUGCGCAAGAACUUUCUCAUCUCGAUCGGAGCAGAUAUCCUGAAGAAGAAGAAGACGCCGGAGGGUGACGAAAAGGGUGAAGGCGCUAGCAAGAACGACGGUUAUGUGCUCGACGACGUUCUCGACAAAGUUGUUCAAGAUGAUGAUAAUACCGAAGGCACACCCUUGUGGUCAUUGAUGGAGGCAGCUGAGCGACACAUUUCGUGCCCGACAUUGGCAACUGCUCACUUUAUGCGCGUGGCAAGCGGCAACCGUGCCGAGCGUCUAGAGGUCGCGAAGAAACUGAAAAUGCCUACGCCGAAGCGCAUCGAAACAUCAUCUAUGGAUCAAAAGGCGCUCAUUGAAAAACUUCGACGGGCCGUCUUCGCCACGUUCCUCUCGUCGUUUUGCCAGGGCCUGGAGCUGAUUGCCCGCGCUUCUGAAGAUGAAGGCUGGGAGAUCAACUUGGCCGAUUGCCUCCAGAUUUGGCGUGCAGGCUGUAUCAUCGAGUCCGAGCAUAUUGCGGAUCUGUUGCAGCCGGCCUUGGCACAGAAGCCGGUAAUGAACAUGAAAUUUGUGGACGCCGUGUCCAGAGAGCUGCACGACAACUACGAGCCCCUGAAGGAAAUUGUCAUUCAGGGCACCAAGUCUGAUCAGUACAUGACAUCCAUCGCAGCAACGCUCGAGUAUCUCAAGUAUGAGAGUGGCACGGUUCUACCGACCAAGUUUAUGGAGGCUCAGAUGGACUACUUCGGUUCGCAUUCUUACAAUAAGCCCGGUGUUCCGGGUGAAGAUCCCGGACCGGUCAAGAAGGGACCUCAUCACUAUGAAUGGAAGCCGGCGUAG